CGGCGGGUUGGGCAGGAGCCCGAGGCCGAGCGGGCGGCGAAGCAGCGGUGCCGGGAGGCCGGAGGCUGUCGUUCGUUCUUGUUGAAGAGGAGCCGAGGACGCUUUGUCACCCUGCCCGAGCAGCUCCCGCGCCCGGGUCUGCUUCCCGCGCUCGGCCGGCGCUGCCGAGUGCCGGAGAGGGACCUCGGCCUGGGCCUCGCAGGGGCGCGGAAGCUUUGUCGUUCUGCAUUCAGAGCCUGGUGGAGUAUUGCAAUGGCAGCUCAGAUGACUGAUGCUCACCGACAGUUCCUGCAGGUCCUGAUGUCUCAUGGGAUAAUGGAAGGAUCCGAGGCAAGGAAAUUACACAGACACUGCUGUGAAGUCCAUAACGUCUACUAUGCGCAUGAUAAACUGGCUGACUUCAUCAGUACCAUCAACAGGCAUCUACAGCCUUUUUUUAUGCAGAUCCGGAAGGGACUGUCCGAAGAUGAUGGGAGAGCGCAUUAUGCUUUAGUGAAUUUGGCAGAAACUGAAAUAACUAAAAUGGCAUCUGACUAUACUGAAAAUGAAUUAGAAUUGUUCAGAAAAACAAUGGACCUAAUCAUUUUAUCAGAAAAUGGCUUUGCCCCUUCUACAGAUAUUUUAAACUUGGCUGACCAACUUAAGACAAAGAAAAUGAAGAAAAAAGAAGCGGAACAAGUGCUGAAAGUUUUUGUGGAGGAUAAGUGGCUCUCUGAGAGAAAUGGAGAAUUUACCCUGCAUACUCGCUGCAUAAUUGAGAUGGAACAAUACAUUCUCAGCAACUACCAAGAUGUGGCAAGGAAAUGUAACAUCUGUCACAGCCUUGCCAUCCAGAGCCAAGUAUGUGAAUCCUGUGGAACUGGAAUGCAUUUACCUUGCAUCAGAAAGUAUUUUAGAGCUCAGACUGAACCUCGCUGUCCACAGUGUAAUGAUUUCUGGACUUGUGACAUCCCAGGAGUGAGUCGCACAGACACCCAGUCACCACCGAAACCAGCGCGAACAGAGAAGAGCUUCAUGCUCAGCACGAGACGAUCCUAGGAAAACUGGAUUUGACUAAAAUCUCUUUUCCCCACUCCUGCAGCACAGCCAGGCUUGUACUGCAUUCAUUAGCAACAAUGCAGAGAUCAGCGUGCUUGGUUUUUCCUCAAACUUUUAAGAAUUUUACAAUAAAAUUAUCAUUGACCUUCCUGUGCUCCUUCA